GUUUUUCUAGUAAUAUUUUCUUCUGCUUCUCCUCUUACCUUCACCUGUUAAACAGCGCCUAAGGUGAUUCGAUCUGAUAUAUGAGGAAGGUGAUUGAUUCUAGGAAGUGGGUAAUCAUAUGAACAAGGUGAUUCCAGUCAAACCCUAGAAAGCCAAGAUUUUAUCAAAAUUUUCAGUAAAAAGGGGCACAUCAGGGUCUGCCAGUCAUGGAAUGCACAUCCAUCUGUUGUACUUCCCCUCUCAUUCGAUCUGAUACUUCAUUUUCUUCAUCUUUUCCAUCUCAGAAACUACUACAAUCUGUUUGUUCUCCAUCAAAUUUGUUGAAAUCUAACAGAAUUUCGUGUCAGACAUCUGCUUCUGCUUCCAUUUCAUCUUCUGUUAAUGGAAAAGCAAAACUGGGGCUUAAGGACUUCAUUCACAUAAGUGAUUUUGAUAAAGAUACUAUCUUUAAGAUCCUGGAUCGUGCAUCUGAAGUCAAGGCGCUACUUAAAUCAGGAGACAGAUCAUUCCAACCAUUUAAAGGGAAGACAAUGGCAAUGAUCUUUGCAAAGCCGUCAAUGAGAACUCGAGUUUCUUUCGAGACAGGCUUCUUCUUGUUAGGUGGACAUGCUAUAUAUUUAGGACCGGAUGAUAUCCAAAUGGGUAAAAGGGAGGAAACACGUGAUGUUGCUCGCGUGCUUUCUGGCUAUAAUGAUAUCAUCAUGGCUCGUUUAUUUGCUCAUCAGAGCUCUCCCAAAGAAGCUGUUAAAGGGGCAAAUGUUGUGUACUCUGACGUUUGGGCAAGUAUGGGUCAAAAAGGGGAGGCUGAAUACCGCCGUAAAGUUUUCAAUGGAUUUCAGGUAAACGAAGAGCUAAUGAUGCUAGCAGGACCAGAAGCGUAUUUUAUGCACUGCCUACCAGCAGAAAGAGGUGUCGAGGUCACAAAUGGAGUCAUUGAAGCUCCCAACUCCAUCGUCUUCCCACAAGCUGAAAACCGCAUGCAUGCACAGAAUGCUAUAAUGCUUCAUCAAUUUGGUUUGUAACUGUUAGGAAGUGAGGGUAAAUAAUAGCUUAGUUGGUAGUACUAGUGCUAGUGGUAGUAGUGUUUUUUUUUUUUUUUCCCGCAGGGCAGCCAAUUUUGUGAUGGUAGUCUAGUCUUACAUGAUGUUAAGAGCGAAAAACACCAUCCUUUCCUCUCCUUCAUCUGCAUUAGGAAUGAAAAACUAGUAGUGAUUGUUUCUUCGAAUCUUCUUGAUAUGUUAUUCAGUAAUUCCUUUUGAAUAUCGUCUUGUUUUAGCUGAU